UUGCGCCUUCCCUGGAAGCCACGGCACCCCUUCUUGGUCAAGAUGGAACUGAGGUCUGAGAUGACCAGCGUACCCACGGCGCCCUCUGCGGUGCCCCCCAGUUCGGUGGCGGCGGCGGCGGCGGCGGCCGCGGCGGCCAGCCUGCCGGUGAGCGUAGCCGGGAGCCUUUUGCGAGGCCCGCCGUUGCUCCUGCGAGCUGCCGAGAAGUAUCCGCGCACCCCCAAGUGCGCUCGCUGCCGCAACCACGGCGUGGUGUCGGCGCUCAAGGGCCACAAGCGCUACUGCCGCUGGAAGGACUGCCUGUGCGCCAAGUGCACGCUGAUCGCCGAGCGGCAACGCGUCAUGGCCGCCCAGGUGGCGCUGCGGCGGCAACAGGCUCAGGAGGAGAACGAGGCCCGCGAGCUGCAGCUGCUCUAUGGCACGGCCGAGGGGCUGGCCCUGGCCGCGGCCAACGGUAUCAUCCCGCCGCGGCCCGCCUAUGAAGUCUUCGGCUCCGUGUGCAGCGCCGAUGGAGGCUCGGGGGGUUCAGGUCCCUAUUCGGCACUUGGGGGGGGGGCCGAGGCGGGACACGCUGAAGUCAAGUUGCAGAAAUUUGACUUGUUCCCCAAGUCGCUUCUCACCAGCCGCUCCGUGACCCCUCAACAGAACAAGCCUUUAUCGCCGGAUGGGACGGACGGCGCGCCAGGCACCUCAUCCCCGGAGCCGACUCGUCACGGCUGUGGUUCGGGCUCGGAGAACGGCGACGGCGAGUCCUCCGUCAGCUCGCCAGUCUCCAAAGGCGCCAAAGACGGCAGCGGGGGCGGCGGAGCCGAGGAGGAGAGUACCGGCUCCGUCAGUCCACUGGGCUCCGACUCGGGUUGCUCUGAAAUAGAACGGGACGAAGCAGGCGCUCCCUCGCCUGGUUUGGCCGUUGCUGCAGCGGCCGCCGUGGCAGGGAGCAGCCGACAGCAGCGGACGCCGUUGGACAUCCUGACGCGCGUGUUUCCCGCGCACAAACGCAGCGUGCUGGAGCUGGUCCUGGCCGGCUGCGGCGGCGACGUGGUGCAGGCUAUCGAGCAGAUCCUUAACAACCACCACCACCAUCACCGGGCAGCAGGCGGCAGCCCAGGCCAAACACUUUCCGCCACCUCUGGACUCAGCUCGGUAGGGCCGGACAAGGCGGGCGACGAGAGCUGGGCGCGGGCUGCAGGAGACGCGCCGGGGACCUUGGGUGGCCUGCAGCCUUCGCCGGCUGGCGGAACCUCGCAUCACCGCCCUCUUUUGGCCGGCGCCAUGACCCCGGCCAUCGGCGCGCUGGGCAGCCGCUCCGCCUUCUCGCCUCUGCAACCCAACGCUACCCAUUUCGGAGCGGCGGCUGAGGCCGGCGCUUAUCCCUUAGGCACGCACUUGAGUUUGAGCCCGCUGCGCCUGGCUUACUCGGCCGCAGCGGCGCACAGUCGCGGCCUGGCCUUCAUGACCCCUUACUCCACGGCGGGGCUAAUGCCCACGCUGGGCUUCCGGCCGCCUAUGGAGUACGCCUUCAGCGACCUCAUGCGAGACAGAUCAGCCGCGGCGGCGGCGGCGGCCGCGGCUGCUGCCGCUGCAGCCGGCGUGCACAAGGAACAGGCAUACCCAAACGGCCUUUACGGGCCCUUGGUGAAUAGCGCCCCAGACAAACAGUAGGCCGCAAAGCCGGUGGCUGGAUUUUCUAUGUACAUAUAUGCAUAGAGAGAUAGAAAUAUAUACGAUAUAAACUUGUGCCCAGGCGUACAUCCGAGAGGUGCGCAAAGGGCAACUGAGGCAGCGAAUUCUCGGAAGGCGGCGGGGGAGCGACCUGGUCUAACCGAGGGCUCGAUUCCCCGCCGGUAUCGCAGCGGGUCUUAAACGCCGCUUAUCCUCAGACACGAAACGCGCCAGUUAGAAAUAAGUUCCCCGGAAAGUGAAGCAGCGGAGUAGUCCAAGUUGGAGCCGAGGUGGUGGUUGUGGUGGGGCUACAGCACUUUUCGCGGAGCAAGCGAGGAGGAGGAGGAGGAGGAGGAGGAAGAGGAGAUUCGCAGUCUCGUCGGCAGCCGACUGAAGGGGACAUAUUGCCAGUGAUUUAAGGCGAGGCAGAAUUUUGCAAAAAUGUUAUGGGCCGAGAUGUGCAACGUGUCUAUGGGCAGGACUGUUGCCGAAUUCUUCUGUCGGUUUCUGUGAGUAACAAUGGGAAGUCACCUUGUCCCUCCCCAAGCCUUGGUUUCGCCUGACUUUUAGGUGAUCCGGGUUUCAUUUCACUCUCAUGUGUUGCAACCACAAGUGGUCAAAUGUGUGGAACUUGGCGAACCUCUAAGUGUGUUGAUUAAGCAAAACGAGUAAAUGCCUUUUUACUGUUUAAAGUUGUCCCUCAUUAUUAUAUUUUGCAUAUAGCUGUAUAACAUGGAUAUUCCCCCCCCCCCGGGCGGCAUCCAUACAUUCUAUCUGUAUCUCUAUACCUGCCAGUGUAUAGCAUAAUGUUAAACAUGGGAAUUUAAAUUAUUAAUGUAAUUUGUAGGCGAAGGUAUUAUUAAUGGUAAAUGAAACGGUUAGUCAGUUUUCAUUUUGCAAACACAUCGUCAUAGAGUUUAAACAUACUGUAAAAAAAAUUAACUCUUCGUUUUGUCUAUUCCCAGGGGAAAUAUAAUGUGUAAAUAAGGUUAAAAAGUAAAUAUAUUUGUAAUUGUCCUUUCCUUUGGACUCCAUCCAAAGGCUGUUGUUGACCCGGAUUUAAUGAAUGAUCCGAACAAAAAUGCUGUCUGGUUUCAGCGUAACA